AUGGUUCAAGAUUAUAGACCCUUACCAGUUCCAGAAUCAUUACGUGAUAUCAAUAUUCCAAAACCAGAUGAAAUAUUUGAUAAUCUAUAUACCAUUUUCCAUGAUGAUGCAGAAACUGAAGGACCUCAAGAAGUGGAGCAUUUUAACUAUCAUCAAGAUUUAGAUAAAAGUUUAUUGUCACGAGGCUCUGUCAUGGGGCUAGGGUUUGGUUUAAUGAGCCCUGUUUUAGGGAUGUGCACUAGUAUGGCUAUUGGUUUGAUGAAUGGUGGACCUGCUACAAUCAUGUGGGGAUUCUUAAUAUCCGGUAUUAUGGUAUGGUUUUGUUCUUUAUCUCUGGGUGAAAUUGUUUCAAAAUUCCCCAUGGAACUUCAUGUGAGUAGUGCUAUGCUAGCACCAAAGAAAUUAAAGUUAAUUUGCUCAUGGUAUACAGGUUGGUUAACAUUAAUUGGUAAUUGGACUAUGAGCACAAGUAUCACAUUUGCAGGUGCACAAUUAACGAUUUCCUUAAUAUUGAUGGCCAAUAAUGAUCUAAUUUCAGAAACAAAUUUAAUAUUCUUCACAGUUAUAGUAUUUUAUUUGGUAGUAACCAUAGUCGGUAUUGUUAACUUAAAAUUGGCAAGAUUUAUUGAAAUUAUAAAUAAAGUCUGUGUCUAUUGGAUUAUAUAUGCCAUUUUAUUUAUCGAUAUUCUUUUAUUAUUUUUCCAUUCUGGAAAAUAUAGAUCAUUAAAAUUCGCCUUAUUUCACUUCGAUAAUAGUUUAUCUGGAUAUGCUAAUUGUUUUGUUUCCUUUAUUAUAGGUUUUCAGCAAUCUAAUUUUACACUACAAGGGUUUAGUAUGUUACCUGCAUUGGCAGAUGAAGUUAAAGAAGCAGAACGAGAUAUCCCCAGAGCAAUGUCAGCUUCAGUUUUAAUUUCUACUGUUUCUGGUUUUAUAUUUUUAUUACCAAUUAUGUUAAUUUUACCAGAUAAUACUAAUUUAUUUGCAGAUCAUAAAAUUCUGCCCAUUGUUAGUAUUUUCACACAAUCUACACAUUCCACCUUUGUUUCUUUUUUCUUAGUCUUAAUGAUACUGGGCAACUUAUUUUUCUCUGGGAUUGGUUCCAUAACAACUUCAUCUCGUGUGGUUUACAGUUUUAGUCGUGAUCAUGCAAUUCCAAAGCACGAAUUCUGGACAUAUGUGGAUCCACAAUCUGUUUCAAAAGUUCCUAAAUAUUCUGUCCUAUUAAGUAUGGCAGUAUCUUAUCUAUUAGGUAUAUUGGCACUAUUUUCUACUGCGGCAUUUAAUGCAUUCAUUGGUGCAGCAGUAUUGUGUUUAUGUUCUGCCACAGUCUUACCUCUAGUAUUAGUAUUAUUUACAAGAAGAAGAAUAUUACGCAAUGCACCAAUCAAGAUACAUUAUAAAUUAGGUUGGAUUGUUAAUAUCACAUCUAUUGUAUGGUUGCUAUUAUCAAUGGGAUCUGUAUGUUUACCUUCUCAAGUGCCAGUAACAGUAAGAACAAUGAACUACGCACUGAUUGUUUAUGUUGCUUGUUUAAUCGCAAUAACUAUAUUAUAUUUCCGUUGGGGGAAAUAUCACUUCACGUUACCUUUAGUUGAUGAGGAUUAUAAGAACCUGACGUCAAUCAUGGAGAGUGCAACUUCAUCUAAUUUUCCUACUAAUUUUGCAUUUUCUAAAAAAAAUGAUGAUCAAACUUCUACUCCAGAGACUGUAUUUGAUGCAGACGUUGAAUUAGAAAUGGGUAUGAGUUCAUCAAGAAAUAGUAUUUCUAAAGAACCAUUAGAUUCCUACGACGUUACAACAGGAGGAUUAUCUAUGCCUACAUUGAUAAGAUCAACAAGUCCCCAUGUGGAUACCAACAUAUUUGAUAGCACCGAUGAAUUUGACCUAGGAACUUCUCCUAGAUCUGCUACUAUGUCUACAAAAGAAAUAUUAGGCGACCAACAGCGUGAUAAUCCGUUCGAUGAAAGACAACAAUCAUGA